AUGAUGGUCCCGCUCGUCCGCAGCCUUGGGCUGUUGACCCUCCUUCUCUCCGUGUUCACCACCGCCGACGCCCGCGAUGCCAAGCUUCGCAUGAACGAGGCCCGCGGCGUCAAUGUCGGCUGGCCUUAUGGAUCGAGCAAGAUCAGGGGUGUCAACAUCGGUGGCUGGCUUGUCCUUGAGUCUUGGAUCACCCCUUCGCUCUUCACGGCCACCAACAAUGAUAAGAUCAUUGACGAGUGGACGUUUGGCCAGCUCCAGUCCAAGAGCGUCGCUCAGGCGGCUCUCCAGAGUCACUGGGACUCUUGGAUCACCGAGGACGACUUCAGACAGAUCGCAGCCGCUGGUCUCAACCACGUCCGCAUUCCGAUCGGCUACUGGGCCUACGACAUCUCCAAUGGCGAGCCCUACAUCCAAGGUCAGGCUCCUUACCUCGACAAGGCAAUUGGAUGGGCCAAGACGUAUGGUCUCAAGGUUCUCAUCGACCUGCACGGCGCUCCCGGUUCCCAGAAUGGAUACGACAACUCGGGCAAGCUGGGAAGCGCGCUCUGGGCAACCAACAGCAGCAACGUUUUGCGCACCAAGAACGUUCUGGGACAGCUUUCAAAGACCUACAGUGACCCCAGCUACUAUGGCACCGUGACCGCCCUCAGCCUCCUCAACGAGCCCGCCACGUACCUCAACGACCAGCUGCUGUCGACCACGCAUCAGUUCUACUACGACGGCUACGGCGCUACUCGCUGGCCGUGGCUUCCUAGCUCCGCCUCCAAGUCUGGCCUCCUCAUUGUCAUUCACGACGGUUUCCAGCCUCUUUCGUACUGGUCCAACUACAUGAGCGAGCCGAACUUCGAGUCCGUUGCACUUGACACUCAUUUCUACAGCGUCUUUUCGCAGGCAGAGAACCAGAUGACGGAGGCACAGCACAUCGCCGCUGUAUGCGACAAGCAGAGCAGCUACGCCGCCGCGCCUCUCUGGCUCGUCGUUGGCGAGUGGUCUCUCGCCCGCACCGACUGCGCUAAAUGGCUCAACGGCCGUGGUAUUGGCGCUCGCUACGACGGCACCUAUCCCGGCUCCACGAGGGUCGGCAGCUGUGACGGUUUCUCGGGCGCUGGCUCCACAUUCAGCAGCUCGUACAAGACCUUCCUCAGGCGCUACUGGGAUGUUCAGACCCAGGUCUUCGAAAACAACGGCCAAGGAUGGAUCUUCUGGGCCUGGAAGACCGAAACUGGCAGUGCCGAAUGGAGUUACCAGGCCGGUAUCGCUGGCGGUUGGAUUCCCUCCAACCCCACCAGCCACACCAACAGCAUCAGCUCGCUUUGCGGAUAG